AUGAUAUGGUGCAACACAUGCAUGAAGAGUUUCACCCAAAUGUCCAAUCUCCAGUCCCAUCAAAGGCAGCAUAUGAAGGGCAAGCCGCAUCGGUGUGAACAGUGUUUCAUGUCCUUUGAUAGCAAAGACGAACUGGAUGUUCAUGUUCAGGCUAAACACUCGGGUAAUCGAUAUGCCAAGGUACUUGUCUGUCCGAUUUGUACAAAGAGUUACAACUCAGAGACCUAUUUGGCCAAGCACAUGGAUCGUCACAAAGAUGCGUCACAAACUGCUCAGAAUGAUCCAUUGAAUGCAAAUCGUUCGGGCAGUUGUGUGGACGAUCUGUUUCCCGUGGGUUUGCACAAUCAUCCAAUGGCAAUGGCUGCCGCCGCCUCAGCAGCUGCAUUAAGUCGAAGCAAUCCUGCGGAUAUGCACGGUGCAAAUGCGCCUACCCGACACCAUGGUGCUCAUCAUCACAGUUCGGUUGCACAACACAGCCAACAGCAACAACAGCAACAACAACAACAAGCUGCGUCGGCAGCAGCAGCAGCAGCUGUUGCAGCGGCGCACCGAGCCGCGGCCGUUGCGGCUGCUGCCGGUGGAAGCCGAGGUGACUUCUUCAAUCCCGGUGUCUGCUCCAUGUCUGACUCGAGAGUUGGCACUCCCGCAACUGGUCUGUGUCCACCCGGUGUGAAUGGUGGAACAGGUGCUGGCACCAAUCGGAAUGAUCCACUCAACUACAGUACCAUGUCAGAACAUGACCUGUUUCAUCACUUACCGGCUAGUUUAAACACGUCUCAUGCGGCACAUCUUGUUGCCGCAGCCGCAGCUCAACAACAGCAACAGCAACAGCAACAACAACCAAAUCAGUCUUUAGCGUCAUUCGCAAAACUGCCACAUAUGACCAACCCGUUUAAUGAGUUCCGGCCCCAGAACUUGUUCAGCCAUUCUUCGGUGUCCAUCAGCUCGCACUCGGCAAAUUAUCCACAUUUGGAUGCACAUGGUGCGGGCGGACCCCUAGCACCACCACCACCUCUGCCACCACAGUCACACCCGAGUACAUUGCACUCACACCCCCACCACGGUGGUUGCGGGAAGCGUUCUGACUUGGGACCCCUGGCUGCAACCCGAAUGAUGGGAAUGGGUGCAAAUCAGCAUUCUCCAUCACCCCAUUCAUACCAAAACUCACCGGGAAGCGGAGGAGCCAUGGACCAGCAACUGUUAAAUCUGACUCAUGGAUCCGUACCUUCGUCAAGUUCCCAACAAGCAGACAUCAAACGAAUGUGUAACACACCAAUUGAAUCUCCGCGACCACCUGAGGUAGAACAGUUUGGUGUAACAGACGAUCGGCAUAGCAGUUCAAUGUCUGUGUCACAGCAAUCACAUCACCCACACCAACAACAGCAGCGACAUCAGCAGCAGCAACAACAACAGCAGCACGCACAUCAACAUCGUCAUAGACAUCAUCCUCUAUUAGCCAUGGAGGAUCAGGUUGUGGCUGAUUAUACCGCUUUACCUCCACCACCUGCUCAUCAGCACCGGGCUCCAAUCGAACAGGAUAUGUGCCGCGGCAACGUAACAUCUUCAGGUCAUGAGCUUGAAAAGCCAAUUUUUCAGACCCCAGACAACAGCUUUGUGGACACAAUGAGUAGUUCAGAUCCAGUACAGGCUAGUUCACCGGUUGAUCAAACUAUGGACUCGGUUGAAAAGCCCCGAGGGUUGGAACUGUCACUGGAUGCUCGAUCCUAUAUGAUGCAGCCACCCCGCCUUUCUCCUCCAAACUCGCCGUUGGUCAAUCCAGCAGAUGCCUCAAACGAGAACGUCCUUAAAUCAGACGAAAUGCUGUCCAAUCAGGCUACUGAAUGUCGAUCGGUCAUAGACCCGGCGAACAGUGUCGCUGCUCGUGGAGAGGAUGGACGUGCACUACUUGGUGUUACGGAUGUGGGCAAAACUUCACGAAGCGCUCCCGCACCUAAUGUGUACGACUUUUUACACCCAAAUGACAAAUCUACCAUAAAUUCUAAUCAGCUGACCGAUUCCAGCCGUAAUGCUCCAGAUACUAGACGGACCACAGAUUCAGCUUAUGAGAUGGGUUCGCCGACUAGACGCGCACAUGAGUUGAAUCGAUUUAUACCUACAGUGGAAGAGCCUAUGCGUUCGAGCGAUCAAUUGGCAGUGGUUGAUCCAGGACCGAAUUCGCCGCGAAAUUCCCUCGAAUGUACAACCGGUACCAUGCGUGAUGAAAGAGAUCAAAUCAAGUCAUUGUCAACUCCACCGACUGAAGAUGGAGAAUCGGAGAAUCAUCGAAUGGAUAAAUCGUUUGUGAGCAGCGGCGCUGCAUCAACUGAUGUGAAACCAGACCCUGGGACGCAACCGGUUUACGAUUCUCCAUCAUCCUCACCUUUGGUUGCUCCGUGUUCGGAAUCUGAAUCGACAAACUCGUCUCCAGCUAGUCUGGGCAGUGGACGCCAGUAUACGUCCGGAACACCCUCGUACACACAAACCCUAAACAUGGCUCCAUCCACACCAUUAAAUGUAAUGGGUAGUGGAGAUCCACAACUGAACAGAUCUCGAGGUUGUGUGGACACAUUGACCAAUCCGUUCAAUGCAACAUGUUCCACUGUAGCGUCCACAGCCGCAGCAGCUGCAGCCGUGGCUGCUGCAAUGGCUUCUGGUCAACAGCAUGACAUGUCAAUUACAGCUCUUGACCGAAACUCCUCGACUCCAUCUGUAUUGCCCACACCACAGACCUUGUUCUCAAUGUCCAACACGCUUCAGCGUCUUCAAUCGGACAAAAUGUCCGUAGACGGGGAGAUGAGUAACGACGAAGACAGAAAUGAGCUAAAUCCGAGUCCAACACGAAACAAAGACGCCAAUUUCUAUUUUGAUUCUCAGUGGCGUCAAUUCAAUCAUUCGACCAAUGAGGACAAUCGGUCAAAAUCGAAAUCCAUCGAUCCGACUGAACUUUCCUCUCGUGGUGGUAGCAAUGGAAAUAGCAGUGUGCAUUCAAAACACCAUCAUCAUCACCACCACCAUCACCAUCAUCAUCAGUCUAUUGUGGGUUCGAACAGACGGCGUCGACGUCAUCACUAUAUUCCACAGCACAUGCCGGUUGCAACGGACUCGGUGAACUUUGGUGACCUUCAUUCAUCCGCCGAAGCUGAUCCUCACAACACGAACAAACCCACCUCAUCCACCUGUUCAAGUGCAUCCCCGGUGAACUAUUUCCCUGCUCCAUCUGCCCCGACCCAAGCCCAAUCCCAUCCCCAUCCAAGUUCGGCCAAUCCUCCGGUCUUUGAAACAAAAAUAGGUGACGCAGUUAGUCCCACGUCGACUGCCGGUGGGACCAAUGUCGGAUCCGCUUUGGGUUAUUCAAAUUCGGCGAAAUCGAAUGCAUUCUCAACGGAAAACAUCUCCACUUCACCCUGCAAAUUCUCCAAUGUUCAAUUUUAG